AUGCUUCUUCAUAAUUCAAUUUAUUUUUCAGAGACGGAGCGUCGGGUACGAGCCAACGACCCUGACUUCAACAACCAGUUCAAUUAUGCAGACAAUUUCAUCAAAACGUCGAAGUACAGUUUACUCACAUUUGUACCACAAAAUUUAUUCGAACAGUUCCAGAGGCUUGCCAAUUUUUAUUUCCUCUGUCUGCUCGUGCUUCAGCUGAUACCUCAAAUAUCUUCCCUGACUCCAGUAACAACAGCAGUGCCUCUAGGAGUGGUGUUGGCAGUGACAGCUCUCAAGGAUGCCAUGGACGAUUUACAACGGCAUCGUAGCGACGGCCAGGUGAACAAUCGUCUGUCCAGGGUUCUACGCGAGGGUCGUCUUGUUGACGAACGAUGGCAUAAGGUUCAGGUUGGAGAUAUCAUUCGAAUGGAGAAUGAUCAGUUUGUGGCCGCAGAUCUCCUACUGUUGUCCACCAGCGAACCAAAUGGACUCUGUUACAUCGAAACCGCAGAACUGGAUGGGGAAACAAACCUUAAGUGCCGACAAGCUUUGCCAGAGACAGCAGAGAUGGGAGAAGAUAAUGCACUUAUUGGAAAGUUUGCUGGUGAUAUUGUAUGCGAACCGCCCAACAACAACUUGGCCAGAUUCGAGGGUACGUUGCGCUGGGAGGGCGAGACGUACAGCCUGGACAACGACAAGGUUCUGUAUCGGGGCUGCGUGCUGCGCAACACUCGCUGGUGCUACGGCAUCGUCCUCUUCGCCGGAAAGGACACCAAGCUGAUGCAGAACAGUGGAAAGACCAUCUUCAAACGCACAAGCCUUGACCGGCUACUCAACAUCAUCAUCAUCGGAAUCGUGUUCUUCCUGGUGAGCCUGUGCCUCUUCUGCACGGUGGCGUGCGGAGUGUGGGAGGGUGUGACGGGCCGCCUCUUCCGCCUCUACCUGCCCUGGGACCCCCUGGCCCCCAAGGGCUCGGACACCGCCGGCGCCACAGUCACCGCCCUCCUCGUCUUCUUCUCCUACGGCAUCGUCAUGAACACCGUCGUCCCCAUCUCCCUCUACGUCAGUGUGGAGGUGAUCCGCUUCUUCCACAGCCUGUUGAUCAACUGGGAUGAGCACAUGUAUUACGCAGAGAACGACACCCCGGCCAAGGCCCGGACGACCACCCUCAACGAAGAGCUGGGCCAAAUCGAGUACAUCUUCAGCGACAAGACGGGCACCCUGACUCGGAACAUCAUGACGUUCAAUAAGUGCUCCAUUGCGGGAAAGUGCUACGGGGACUUGAUUGAUGAAAACACGGGCGAACCAGUCGAAAUCACAGAAAACACAACGCCUGUGAGUUUCUCGUGGAAUCCUAUGUCCGAGUCCAAGUUUCGCUUCUACGACGCGUCUCUGGUGAAGGACAUCCAAGCUGGGGAUCCUGAAGUCCACGAAUUCUUCCGACUCCUCGCUCUGUGCCAUACUGUCAUGUCGGAAGAAAAGGCCGGCGGUCUUGAAUAUCAGGCGCAGUCCCCGGAUGAAGAGGCUCUAACGUCAGCUGCCAGAAAUUUUGGAUUUGUCUUCCGAAAUCGCACUCCCAGUUCUGUGGUGAUUGAAGUGAUGGGUCAGAAAGAGGUAUACGAACUCUACUGCAUCCUGGACUUCAACAAUGUGCGUAAAAGAAUGUCUGUGAUUCUUCGAAAAGAUGGAGUUCUUAAAUUGUACUGCAAAGGAGCAGAUUCAGUCAUUUUCGAACGCUUGGACGAAAGUUCUAUUCCACUCAAAAUGAAAACACUUGAACAUCUAAACAAAUAUGCAGGAGAAGGCCUCAGAACCUUGUGUCUCGCAGUAAAAGAUUUGGACGAAGAAACUUUCGAACAGUGGAAGGAGACAUUUCAUAUAGCCACAACAUCAAUGGAGGACAGAGAAUCUAAAGUCAAUGCCUGCUACGAAGUGAUUGAGCAAGGAUUGAAACUGCUGGGCGCCACAGCUAUAGAAGACAAACUACAAGAUGGGGUGCCUCAAGCUAUUGCAAAUUUGGCUCUAGCUCAGAUCAAGCUUUGGGUUCUCACUGGGGAUAAACAAGAGACGGCCAUCAACAUCGGCUACUCCUGCCACCUGCUGUCCGACGAGAUGGUGGACAUCUUCAUCGUGGACGGGGCCACCCACGCCGAGGUGGAGGACCAGCUCCGCCGGUUCCGCGAGUCCAUCUGCAACGUGCUGGCCCACAGCCAGGGGGUCACCGCCUGCAACGUCGUCCGCUUCCACAACACGGACCUCAACAACACUGCCGAAGCGCCCGUCGAUCCAACGGGCGGAUUCGCACUCGUUGUCAAUGGACACAGCCUGGUGUUUGCCUUGGAACCUGCUUUAGAACUUCUGUUCCUGGAGGUAGCUUGUCAGUGUAAGGCCGUCAUCUGCUGUCGGGUGACGCCACUCCAGAAAGCUCUUGUUGUCGACUUAGUGAAGAGGAACAAGGGAGCCGUUACUUUGGCCAUCGGGGACGGGGCCAACGACGUUUCCAUGAUUAAAACUGCACACAUCGGCGUGGGGAUCAGCGGACAAGAAGGGAUGCAGGCCGUCCUAGCGUCCGACUUCUCCCUAGCCCAGUUUCGUUACCUGGAGCGCCUACUCCUCGUGCACGGGCGCUGGUCCUACAGGCGAAUCUCCCAGUUCCUGCGAUAUUUCUUCUACAAGAAUUUUGCCUUCACCAUCUCUCACUUCUGGUUUGGCAUGCUGUGCGGGUUCUCGGCACAGACACUGUAUGAUCCAAACUUCAUUUCUUGCUACAAUGUCUUCUACACUUCCAUGCCUGUCUUAGCACUCGGUAUUUUUGAUCAGGAUGUCAACGAUCGCAAUUCUCUUCAGUAUCCUCAACUUUACACACCCGGUCACAAGAAUCUGCUUUUCAAUAAAAAAGAAUUUCUCAAGUCCCUGCUUCAUGGUGUCUUCACGUCCUGUACCCUCUUCUUCGUAUCCUAUGGUGCCUUUGGGCAGAAUGUGACGCCCGACGGUAAGGACAUGUCUGGACAUCAAGUCCUCGGAACGGUUGUGUCCACACUCCUCGUUAUCAUCGUUACCGCACAGGUGGCGUUGGACACUUCUUACUGGACCAUUUGUAACCACGUCGUCGUGUUCGGCAGCGUCGCUUUCUACUUUGCCUUGACCCUCAUCUUGGGAAGUGAUUUGCUCGCCACCAAGUACUUGGGCGUCUUCCGCAUGACACUGGGGGUGCCAUCGUUCUGGCUCACGGCCUUGCUGGUCGUAGUGACACUUCUAGUGCCGGUCAUGGCCGUCCGAUUCUACUACUUCCGAGUGCACCCGACUCUUUCAGACCGUGUGCGUCUCAAGCAGAGGCGGAUCCGUCUCAGGGCCGAGCAAGAGGAACUGCCCAUCAUCGCCCUGCCCCAACUUGUGAGGCGCCCUAGUCGAAGGAAGAGCAUGCGGUCGGGCUACGCCUUCGCCCACCAGGAGGGCUUUGGGCGACUCAUCAUGAGCGGCAAGAUCAUGAAAAAAUCAAAGUCCACCUCGCUCAGCAACAACAUGCUGCCGCCUCUCCUGCCCGGGACCAUCACCGGUUUCCGGCAGACGAUCCGAGUUUGAGCGACCAGAUGGUUCAGUCUUUCUCUCUACAACGUUUGAAGGUCAUUACGG